AUGCGAUUGCUAUGGGGUAUAAAGUUGCCCCUACUCAUAUUCAUUCAACUUUUAUGUCUCAGCAAAUUAUAUGCUGAGGCUUUGUUCACUUUGAAAGGUUCACUUAGCAGAUCACAGCAAUUGGGAUGCAGCAUUGUGAAGUAUCCGUGUCGAAUGCAAUGGCCGUGUCGCCUUAACUGCUAUAAACUAAAAGAUCCAGGUGGAAUAGCAGCAAAGGUGGAUGGAAACAAUGACAUUCCAACACUUACACCUGUUCAAGAAGCUCAAGUUAACAGGCAGGGUGAAAGAAGGGCUGCUGCUGCCACAGUUGGUGGCGUUGCUGCCGCCUUAUUGGUGAUUAUCAUUGUGGUAAUUGUGUAUAUCUGCUUGAUGCGUCUUAAAAGAAUGAUGAGGCAAACAUCUGAGAGUGCUUCUUCUAUGCCAUCUCCCACAGUUGAGAUGGGAAGAAGCAACAACUCGCUGCAAGUAAACGAAUUGUGUCCAUAUUAUGCACACAAUGCAAGGCAGUUAACAAUUUUAGAACUAGAACAAGCUACAAGAUGUUUCAAUCAAAGUAAUAUUGUAGGUGAAGAUAGAUUUGGUUUGGUUUACCAGGGCUUGCUUCAAGAUGGAUCUAUUGUGGCUAUAAAGAGGAGAAUGUCUUCUCUAACGACGAAUUUCAUCCGCGAGGUGAGGAAGAUAUCAUGCAUUCACCAUAUGAAUCUUGUGAAGCUUAUAGGCUACUAUGAAGAUGGCUAUCAACAAUUACUAGUGUAUGAACAUCUCCCUAAUGGCCAUGUAGGGAAUCACCUAUAUGAUAGUGAAGGUUUGCCUAUUGGAAAGUUAGACUUGUGGAGGAGGUUAUCCAUUGCUUUAGGAGCAUCCAAAGGACUGGAACAUCUUCACAGUUUGGAUCCUCCUUUGGUUCACACCAAUUUCAGAACUAGAAAUGUUUUUUUGGAUGGAAGUUACACUGCCAAGGUUUCGGAUUACGGAUUCGGCACAUUGCAAAGAGAAGUUGAUCAGGCUGCAGCCUCAUCUUCAUGCAUAGAUUGCUUUCUUGACCCAGAGUUGAGUUCACCAGAAAACUAUACACAUCAGACUGAUGUAUACAGCUUUGGAGUCUUUUUACUGGAGUUGAUUAGUGGUUGUGAAGUUUAUAACAGAAACAUGUCAACCUUAGAAGAAAACCUAGUAUUCCAGGCAAAGGAUAGUGAUGGGUUGGAGAAGUUGAUUGAUGUAACAUUAGGAGAGCAUGAAAAACAUGGUGCAAGGAGAAUGGUGAGGUUGGCAUUGUUAUGCAUAAGCAAGAGUUAUAGAAGGCCAUCAAUGGGGCAAAUAGUGGAAGAGCUAGAGCGGAUUCAAAGAGAGAUUGCUCCUUUGUAUUCACAAGUCAAUGAGGACAUUGGUGUCGUCACUCUUGGGAGUGAACUUUUCCAAUAA